AUGAAUAAAAUUAAAAGUUUACGUCCAUUACUUCCACCAUCAAUGGUAACAUAUUAUAAAAAUCAACUUCUUAUAACAAGAGGUGAAAUGCAAUAUUUGUAUGAUUCAAAUAAUAAAAAAUAUCUUGAUAUGUUUGGGGGAAUUGUUACAGUUUCAGUGGGACAUUGUCAUCCAAAAGUUAAUGAAGCAUUAAUUAAACAAUCACAAAAACUUUGGCAUACAACAUCUAUCUAUCAUACAGAACCUAUCUAUGAAUAUGCUCAAAAAUUAUUAUCUAAAAUGCCUAAACAUUUAAAUUGUGUAUUUUUUACAAAUUCUGGUUCAGAAUCUAAUGAUUUAGCAAUUGAAUUGGCAAGAUUAUAUACGGGAAGAUUUGAUAUGUUAACAAUGAGAAAUGGUUAUCAUGGUAUGACACAAACUGUUAUUGGUUGUACAAAUCUUGGUACAUGGAAACAACCACUUCCUUCAGGUUUUGGAAUUUAUAAAUGUAUGAAUCCUGAUCCAUAUACAGGACCAUGGGGUGGUAAAAAUUGUCGUGAUUCUGUUAUUCAACCAAAUAGAAACUGUGACUGUUCAAAGGAUCACUGUAAAGCUGGAGAUAAAUAUUUUAGACAAUUUAAAGAAACCAUUGAAUAUGAUUUUCCAUCUUCAACAGGACCAGCAGGUUUUUUAAUUGAAUCUGUUCAAGGUGUUGGUGGAACAGUUCAAUAUCCUAAAGGAUGGUUAAAAAAUGCAUUUGAUUUAGUUAAAUCAAAAGGUGGUUUAUGUAUAUCUGAUGAAGUUCAGACAGGAUUUGGGCGUAUGGGAAGUCAUUUCUGGGGUUUUGAAACUCAAGAUGCCAAACCUGACAUUGUUACAAUGGCAAAAGGUAUUGGAAAUGGUUUUCCAAUGGGAGCUGUUGUUACAACAAAAGAAAUUGCUUCAUCUCUUGGAAAAGCAUUAUAUUUUAAUACAUUUGGAGGUAAUCCAUUAGCCUCAACUGUAGGUAAAGCUGUUCUAGAAGUAAUUGAAGAAGAGAAAUUACAAGAAAAUUGUGAAAUUGUUGGAGAAUAUUUCUUAAAACAACUUAAUUCUAUUGAUAGUAAAUUAGUUGGAGACGUCAGAGGAAAAGGUUUAAUGAUUGGUUUAGAAAUGAUUGAUGAAGAUGGUAAUCCAAUUUCUGGUGAUAGAAGUGCAGAAAUCUUUGAAAAUAUCAAAGACCAAGGUGUCCUUGUUGGAAAAGGUGGAUUUAGAGGAAAUGUUUUAAGAAUCAAACCACCAAUGUGUAUAAAUAAAUCAGAUGUUGACCGGUGCGUUGAAGCAAUCAGUAAAGCAAUCAAGAGUAAUGAAAAAUAA